AUGAAAAUACAGUACGUAAUUGUAAGAAACGACACCGGCUUCCCCAGAGGCGCCACCGCAGCGCAGGCUGUGCAUGCAGUGACUGCGUGCCAGCACGAGCACCUAGACCAGGGCUACUUGGAGUACAUUUCUGAAGGCGCAGGCAUGCACACUGCAGUUCUUCAGUGCACGCAGGAAGAAAUGGCUGCGCUUGUCGAGGCGCUCAGAAAGAAAGAGGUAAAGUUCAGCGCAUGGGUGGAAAUGCCCGAAAACAUGCUUACUGCGGUGGCCAUAUACCCGUACGAGAAGGCGCGCCUGCAGGAAAUAAAAGAGCUAAGAAGGCUAAAGCUGUACUGA